AUGAUCAACGACAUGUUAAUCUACGAGCUAGGUCUCCGCCUGUGGCGCGACCACUUGGUGAUGAAGAUCCGGGAGAGGCUCACCGGGGCGGUGAAGCCAAGAGGAGGCGAGGACGAUCAACUGGCAGCAGAUGUAAGGCAUACGAUGGAGAAACCAGAGCGUUUCAAGCACAAGCAAGACCCGGAAUUCUUCGCCGGAGCAUGCAUGAUGGCGACGCAGGCCAUCAGGGAAUUCUACGCUCAAGGCAGCACAACCAUGUUGCUUGAGAUGCUGCACAGGAACGCUUACUAUAUGGUCCUCUAUAAGAAGGGUGCCGAUCUGUACUCGGCCGUGGAGACCGCCAUGGCCUCUGAAGUUCAGAGUCUCUGGAGGGCUCUGAACGACGCUGCUCCGGCGGAGUUCUUGCAGGAGCUGCUGGCCAAGUGGAAUCAGCACAUCGAGGCCGUCAAGAUGACCCGAGACAUGUUGAUGUACAUGGAUUGGACAUUCGUCCCCACCAAUCGGAAGACGCCCAUUCGGGAGCUGGGGCUCCGCCUGUGGCGUGACCAGCUGACAAGCUCCGACGAGGUCCGGGAGAGGCUCACUGAAGCGGUGAAGCGGAGAGGAGGCGAGGAUGAACUGGUAGCUGCCGUGAACAAGAUGCUGACAGAGCUUGGUCCGGACGUUCCGGGUUUUUUCUUUCAAAGGGUAUUUGGUUAG